CACGAAUCAACACCAGCACACGAUGGCCGCUCAAGAAUACUUCGGUGGUGGCUCCAACGACCAGCGUCAACAGAACGCCUCCCCCUGGUCCUCCCCCGCCAUCAACACCCCCAGCUCCACCGGCUACGGCUCCUAUCCUCCCUCCGUCGAGAACGGCCAGGACCGCUAUGGCGCUGCGUCUCCCUACCCGCCCCAGGGCGGAGGCUACAACCGCCCCUACAGCCCAUACCAGCAGCCCCACUCGGGCGUCUCCUCGCCUCACCCGAACUACCAGAACCAGAACCAGAACCCCGAAUACCCACCCCACAACGGCGGCCGCCCACCCUACCCCCAAUACGACCAGUCCGGCCCCGAGCCCCGACCCUACCCCCAGCAAGAAGGCUACGGUUCCCACCAACAGCCCCCUCCUUACUCCCCGGAGUCCACCGACCCCGCCGCAGCCGGUGAGGGCGACAAGGGCCUAAUGGGCGCUCUCGCCGGUGGCGCGGCCGGCGGUUUCGCAGGUCACAAAGCCAACCACGGGAUUCUGGGCACCAUCGGUGGCGCGAUGCUCGGAUCGGUCGCCGAAGACGGCUUCAAGAAGCACAAGGAGAAGAAGGAGCGUGAAGAAGAGGAGCGUCGGCAGAUGGAGGAACGUCGUCGGAUGGAGGAACAAUACCGCAUGGAGGAGCAGCGCCGGAUGGAAGAACGACACCGUAUGGAGGAGCAGCACAGAAUGCAAAUGCAUCAUAGACCCCCUCCGCACCAUAGCCCGCCGAUGCGCGGUAACUUUUCCUCUUCGUCGAGGGAUAUUCGGCUCGAGAGUCAUCAUGAUUUGGUGGCUGCGUGUGGUCGCGUCUCGGGUGAGUUGCAGCUUUCGUGUCUUCCGUUGAAUAGUGUGUUGUCGAAUAGCUGGGGGGAGUUUAAGUGGGCGAGGAAUGGAAACUUUGCGGCGUCGGCGAGAAAUGUGCGGUUGGUGGAUGGGGGUCGGGUUUUGGAGGCGGAGUUGAACGAUGGAAAUGGGGGAUGGAAUCGAUCUUGGAUUCGGUUGGAUGAGAGGAUUACCAACAAUAAUGGUAACCUGAUGUUCUUGGAUUAGAUGAUGGUUUCUUUCGUUGGGUUGUGCUCGACGAGCUUUUUAUACCUUUAUUUAGUGCUUUACAUAAACUUGGACUCUUUCGCAAACACCAUUUGAAGGGACUUCUUACAUACAACCGGUAAUAAAUAAAUCCCACCCAGGGCCCUUGAAG